GACAACGAUCAGAGGUCAAGGAGCCGAGGGCUCGGAACCAUUCUCUGUUUCUGGCCCUCUCCACCAUGAGGGGAAACCAGCAGCUCACGCUGGUCUCAUUUUUACUGUGCCUGCUUCUUCCCAGAGAUGCCGCAGCCACUGCAAAACCACAAUAUGUGGUGCUGGUCCCUUCACUCCUCGAUGCAGGAGUUCCUGAAAAGGUCUGUGUCAACCUCCAGCACCUGAACGAGACUGUGACACUCGACAUAACUCUACAUUCUGAGAGGCAGACCACAAACCUCCUCACAGGCCAGACGGUAGAGAAGGAUUCCUUCUACUGCAACUCUUUCACGAUCUCCGGUCUGCCAGCAUCCUUAGCAUUCAUUAUUGUGCAGAUAAAGGGGCCGACCCAGAACUUCACAAGGACGAAGCCAAUAGAGAUAAGAGAAGCAGAGAACAUAGUCUUUGUCCAGACAGACAAGCCCAUAUACAAACCAGGACAAACAGUGAAAUUCCGUGUUGUCUCUGUGGACACCAGUUUUCACCCGCUGAAUGAAACGUUCCCUGUGGUUUACAUUGAGAAUCCCAAGAGAAACCGAAUUUUUCAAUGGCGAAACAUCAAUCUACAAACAGGACUCCACCAGCUCUCUUUCCCACUGUCAGCUGAGCCAGCUCUAGGUACCUACAAGGUUGUAGUGCAGAAGGACUCUGAGAAGAAAAUAGAGCACUCCUUUGAGGUGAACGAAUAUGUUUUGCCCAAAUUUGAGGUGAAAGUAAAAAUGCCCAAGAUCAUUAGUUUCCUGGAAGAGGCAUUUGAAGUGUCGGCCUGCGGCUUAUACACAUAUGGAAAGCCCGUUCCUGGUCUGGUGACAAUUAGCGCGUGCAGAAAAUAUUCACGAUUCCACUCCCACUGCCAUGGCCAAAAUUCACAAAGUAUCUGUGAAGAAUUCAGCGGCCAGGCAGAUGAUAAGGGAUGUUUCAGUCAAGUUAUAAAAACCAAAGUAUUUCAGCUAAAACAAAAAGGCCAUGACAUGAAUAUAGAAGUGGAAGCCAAGGUCAAAGAGGAGGGAACAGGAAUGGAACUCUCUGGCCGUGCAUCAUGUGAAAUAACAAGCACCUUAAGUACACUGACGUUCACGAAAGCGGAUACGCACUACAGGCCAGGGCUACCUUUCUUUGGGCAGGUUCGUCUUGUCGAUGAGAAGAAUCAGCCAAUGCCCAACAAAAACAUCUCUGUCCGCGUGGAUGUAGCUAAGUACCUGUCCACUUUCACCACUGAUGAACAUGGCUUGGUCAACCUUGCCAUUGACACGUCCAACUUCACGUCUUCAUUCGUGGGCAUCGCGGUCUCCUACAAGGAUAACAACAACUGCUAUGAUAACUGGUGGCUUACUGAAUUCCACACCCAAGCACAUCAUUCUGCAACUCGUAUCUUCUCCCCGAGCAAGAGUUAUAUUCAUCUUGAACUUGUCCUUGGUACUUUGUCCUGUUGGCAAACUCAGGAGAUUCGGACACAAUACAUUUUGAACAGAGACCUCUUGAAAGAUGAAAAGGAUUUAACCUUUUACUAUCUGAUCCAAGCAAGGGGAAGCAUCGUUAGCUCAGGAACCCACCUGCUGUCGCUUGAACAGGGAAACAUGAAAGGGGUAUUUUCCUUCCCACUUCAAGUGGAGCCAGGCAUAACUCCGGUGGCCCAGCUGCUCAUCUAUGCUAUUUUACCUGAUGGAGAAAUUGUCGCCGACACUCAGAAACUCGAAAUCGAAAAGUGUUUUACCAAUAUGGUAAAUUUGAGUUUCUCACCAGCGCAGAGCCUGCCAGCCUCUGAUGCCCACCUGAAGGUCACAGCCACACCCCUGUCGCUCUGCGCCCUCCGUGCGGUAGACCAGAGCGUGCUGCUGCUGAAGCCGGAAGCCGAGCUCUCACCUCAGUCGAUCUAUGAGUUACUGCCAGCAAAGUCUCCUGAGCGUGGUCAUUAUGUCGAGAAUGAUGAAAAGUGCAUUGUAGCAGACGAUAUCACUCACAACGGGAUUGUGUACACACCGAAGCAGGACCUGGGCGAUGACGAUGCAAGCAGUGUGUUCAAGUCUGUAGGAUUAAAUAUUUUUACCAACUCCAAAAUCCACAAACCACGCUUUUGCCAGCUGUCUCGAGCCUAUGCAGAUAUUGGAGGCAGCUAUAGAGCACCUCAAGCCUUACCUAUGGCAGCAGUCGCAACAGGGAACUACAGAGGAGGAAUUAGUUUCGCGAUGGGCGUAGACUCGAUGGACGGAGAGUACAACUCUCCAGAGGUGGAAGUAAGAGAGAUCGUGAGGAAGUACUUCCCGGAGACCUGGAUCUGGGACAUGGUGCCACUGGACCUAUCAGGUAGCAGUGAGCUGGCAGUGAAGGUCCCUGAUUCCAUCACUGAGUGGAAGGCCAGCGCAUUCUGCUUGUCCGGAUAUACUGGCCUCGGUCUCUCCCCCACCAUCUCUCUCACAGUCUUCCAGCCCUUCUUCCUGGAACUCACCCUCCCCUACUCUGUGGUGCGCGGAGAAGCCUUCACCCUCAAAGCUACUGUGUUCAAUUAUAUGUCUCACUGCAUUCGGAUCCGUCUGGACCUAGAGAACUCUCCUGAUUUCCUGGCAGUCCCAGUGGGAGACCAUAAAGACUCUCACUGUAUCUAUGGAAAUGGAAGGAAAACUGUGUCCUGGGCUGUGACCCCGAAGUCACUGGGGGAGGUGAACUUCACAGCCACCGCAGAAGCUUUGCAGUCUGCAGAACUGUGUGGCAAUGAGGUGGCAAAAGUGCCAGCCCUCAUACGGAAGGACACUGUAGUCAAGCCCUUAAUAGUCGAGCCUGAAGGAAUCGAGAAGGAGCAAACAUUCAACACACUAUUGUGUGCAUCAGAUACUGAAUUACUUAACCAGUGGUCACUGACCCUUCCACCCAAUGUGGUUGAAGGAUCUGCCAGGGCUACGCACUCCGUUCUGGGCGAUAUACUAGGCUCUGCAAUGCAAAACCUCCAAAAUCUUCUCCAGAUGCCCUACGGCUGUGGAGAGCAAAAUAUGGUCCUUUUUGUUCCUAACAUCUAUGUCCUAAACUAUCUGAAUGAGACACAGCAGCUGUCGGAGACAAUCAAGUCCAAAGCCAUCGGCUACCUCGUCAGCGGGUAUCAGCGGCAGCUGAACUAUCAGCACAGCGACGGUUCAUUCAGCACAUUUGGGGACCGUGGUGGGAACAGCCUGGGAAAUACCUGGCUCACUGCAUUCGUGCUCAAGGCCUUGGCCCAAGCACAGUCUCACAUCUUUAUAGAGAAGACGCACAUCACGAAAGCUCUCAACUGGCUCUCAGGGAAGCAGAAAGAAAAUGGUUGCUUCCAGCAGUCUGGACACCUGCUCAACAACGCAAUGAAGGGUGGCGUGAGUGACGAGGUGACGCUCUCUGCCUACAUCACCAUCGCCCUGCUGGAGAUUCCACUGUCUACCGAUCACAGUAUUGUCCGCAAUGCUCUCUUUUGCCUGGAAACAGCCUGGGCCUCCAUCUCAGGGAGCCAAGGAAGUCAUGUCUACACUAAGGCAUUGUUGGCCUAUGCCUUUGCCCUGGCAGGAAACCAAGCCAAGCGAAGCGAGCUGCUUGAAUCACUAAACAGAGAGGCUGUGAAAGAAGAGGAUUCAAUCCACUGGCGACGUCCCGGGAACGUUCAGGAAGCAAAGACACUCUUCUAUCAACCACGGGCCCCUUCUGCUGAAGUGGAAAUGACAGCUUAUGUACUUCUCGCCUACCUUACGGCUCUGCCGUCCCGUUCUUCAGAGGACCUGUCUUCCGCAUCCCAAAUUGUGAAGUGGAUCAUCAGGCAGCAAAACUCCCACGGAGGCUUCUCCUCCACUCAGGAUACGGUGGUGGCCCUCCAAGCCCUCUCCAAAUAUGGAGCAGCCACUUUUACAAAAAGUAAGAAAGAAGUGUUGGUCACCAUCAAGUCUUCAGGGACAUUCUCUCAGAAGUUCCCUGUUCACAAUGCCAACCGCCUGCUGCUGCAGGAAGUCAGACUGCCAGAUCUUCCUGGAAAUUACGUCACCACAGUGUCAGGGUCUGGAUGUGCGUACCUCCAGACAUCGCUAAAAUACAACAUCCUUCCAAAGACAGAAGGAAGAGCGCCCUUCACUCUGCAGGUUCAAACUCUCCCCAUAAACGUUGAUGAAAAUCACAGAACAUUCCAAAUUCACAUCAACGUAAGUUACACUGGAGAACGAUCCAGCUCCAACAUGGUCAUUGUUGACGUGAAAAUGGUAUCAGGCUUCAUACCUGUGAAGUCAACUGUGAAAAAGCUCCAAAACCAGCCUGACAUCCAGAGGACUGACGUGACCACCAACCAUGUUCUAGUCUACAUUGAAAAGCUAACCAGUCAAAGCCUGAGUUUCUCCUUCUUGGUGGAACAAGACAUUCCAGUAAAGAACUUAAAACCAGCUCCGGUAAAAGUCUAUGAUUAUUAUGAGACAGAUGAAUUCUCCAUUGAAGAAUACAGUGCCCCUUUCAACACUGACUCUGAACAAGGAAAUGCUUAAAAAUGGGAACCUGUAGAUCUCACCAGAUGGACGUCUCCAGGCAUGAAGAACCAAGACCUGUAAGAAGAACGGACAGUGGAUAAAUGGGAGGGAAUUACAGAUAUAUGAAAUUUAUAUAUAUUGAAUAAAGUUAUGGCAUUUACAGUUA